CCCACCCAUCUAGAUCAGUGCCACAACCCAGCCCUGAUUUCCCUUCCACCUCAAUACAUCCAUGACCACACUCUGAGGCUGGAAGGACAGGUUGGCAAGGUCCAGAAGUACAGGCAGCAUACAGUACAUGACCCCCGCUGAGACCUUGACUCGAUUCACAGGGCCAGAAGAAUGUUGAAGAGCAAAACAUGGCAGUUGACAGCCAUAUUAAUGCUUAUAUCUGAUUGGAGUCAGUGCAUCAAGUCACAACAAUUUACAGUGGAUCCUCCUGAGAACAUUGGGAUUGAUGACCCUGGCCACCUCGGGCCGCUCUACAUCCACUGGACGGCUCCAGCCAGCCUGACCAACUUGACUGCCUGCUCCAUGAGAUACCAUCUGGAGUACUUCAACACAUAUCAGAGCAGAUGGACUGUGAUCAGGACUGUACGGACAUGGUACCGUGCUCAGUUUGACCUGGAGAAGGAGGUCAGGGUGCGGAUCUCCACCUUACUGAAGGGAGCCUGCACCAACGGCACUGAGCUCAAGAGCCCCUUCACAGAGAUGGUUCUGCCGCCCAAUAACACAGGCCCAGUUGGCUCCAGGGUCCAGGGGUUUGGUUGCGUGUUUUAUCAGAAGGAGUUCAUGGAGUGCACCUGGGAGAUGGGCUUGGAGGAGCCAACCCAAUCCCAGUAUAGCCUGUACUUUUGGCAUCGGGAGAAGGAGCAAGCUGAGGAGUGUCCUCAGUACAUCCACUCCAAUGGGGUCAGGACUGGCUGCAAAUUCACAGAGGAAUCUCUCUCAGAAUUCAGUGAUUUCAACAUAUGCAUAAACAGCUCUUCUCCCAUGGUGGUCUUGAGGUCGGCGUUCUUCUCCCUGCAAAUUCAGAAUUAUGUGAAACCUGCAGCCAUUGAGACAGUGCAUCUGGAAGCAAGUCCAGACAGGAGGCUUCUGGUGCAGUGGGACUUGCCCAACGAGAGGAUUCCCAGGCACUGCCUUGAGUAUGAAGUGGAAGCCAGAGAGGAGGGCGUAGACGGACAGCCGUUGUUGCAGAGGAAUGUAACCAAUGAGAUGACGCUGACUUCCCUCUCAAUGGAUGGUGCCCGGAGGAAGUGCUUCCGGAUCAGGUCUAGGAUGCACCACUACUGUGCUGACAGAGGCUUCUGGAGUGACUGGAGCCGUUGGUCCUGUCACUCAGAUACAGAGUCAGAUGCUGUGGUGGGCUGUGCCGUGGUCAUCGGGAUCAUCAUCUCUAUGUUGAUCCUGUCUCUGUUUGGGUGGGCACUAUGGAGAAAGUUGAAAGCCAGAGAGGGGGAAAUGAUGCCUUUCGGUCCCCUGCACAAACUGAUGGAAUAUUCCAAAGGACUCUCUGCUCGCAGUCAUUUCAAUAAAACAAGAGAGAACCAGUAGUAUAGCCUUUGCAAGCAUUACCUUUGGGCAGACAAAUGAUAAAGAGAUCAGAUUUAGACUGGUGUUCACACAUAUUUGAAGCACCCAUGCAGACAUGCUCAAACACAACCAUGCGCACACCCAUGAACAUACACAGACACAACAUGAGGAUGAGACAGUAAAGCUCUGUGUAAUUUCAUAUCAAAGACAGAAUUGUAUUGAAUUGUAUGCUGAUAUUCAUCUCUUAUGUAUCGAUAUGUUACUCAGUAGAAUAGGAAGUGUUCUUACCAAACCAUUUACGUAAUGUAAAACUCUGUUUUACGUAGUAUAGACUUAAGAAAUGCCAUAGCUCUUUCCAGUUUGUUUACUUUCCACAUGUCUUUCAUUUAUAUCACAAAUUAUACUUACUGGAGUCGGUUUUUGUAGUUUUAGUUUGGUGCCAUUGCAUCCAUUCGAAUGUAUCUUUUAAGUGCUGUGCAUAGAAUUCCCCGGCCUGUUAAAAUUGAAUGCAUUGGAUGGUGUUGAACUAAUGUUAUGUUUAAUUAAAAAAAAUGCUGCUCUAUAGCUAUAAA